UGCUGCCCUCCCGGCUGCGCUCGCCGUCCCGCCCGGCCGCCCCGCGCGGCUCCUUCCCUCUAUGGAUGGGAAGGCAGCACCCAACGGCGUGGCCACCAUCGAGGACAGGAUCCUGCGCAUCACCGGCUACUAUGGAUAUUACCCGGGAUACUCCAGCCAGAAAAGUGCCUCACGAUCAUCUGUCAUCCAAUGCAAGCCAGGAGGCAACUGCCCCAGCAGACACAGAGGCAUGACUAGGCAGCUCUCCCCUCUAUCUGUUGCUGAAGAUUCUGCUGCUCCCAUUCUUGAGCUGCAGAAUCGAAGUCCCUCGGGAAUCUGUCGGCACAGCAGAGUCGAGAGGCAGAGCAGAUCAGGAGAAGAAGGAACACAAACGCACACAGAGAGCAGCAGCCAAGAAGAUGAAGGACAGACACGAUGCCAGUCUUGCACAUCCACAUUUCUCAAGCUAAUCUGGAGAUUCCUGAUCAUUUUGUCCGUCUCUUCCUCCUGGGUUGGGACCACACAGUUUGUCAAAAUCACUUUUGAGACCUUUGACUGUCCCUUUUUCAUGACUUGGUUCUCAACAAACUGGAACAUUAUGAUUUUUCCCAUUUAUUAUUCUGGGCACCUUGCAACGGCGCAGGAGAAGCAGUCUCCAAUCAAAAAAUUCAGGGAAUGCAGUCGGAUUUUUGGUGAAGAUGGUCUGACGCUGAAACUCUUUCUUAAAAGGACUGCUCCCUUUUCUAUUCUGUGGACUUUGACUAACUACCUGUAUUUACUGGCUUUAAAGAAGCUCACAGCCACAGACGUCUCUGCCCUGUUCUGUUGUAACAAAGCUUUUGUCUUCUUGCUUUCUUGGAUUGUGCUCAAAGACAGGUUCAUGGGAGCAAGGAUAGUGGCAGCAAUAAUGGCAAUCACAGGCAUUGUGAUGAUGGCAUAUGCAGAUGGUUUCCAGGGUGAUUCAAUUAUCGGGGUGGCCUACGCCGUGGGAUCAGCCUCCACAUCUGCACUCUAUAAGGUUUUGUUCAAAAUGUUCCUUGGGAGUGCAAACUUUGGGGAAGCAGCUCAUUUCGUGUCCACCCUGGGCUUCUUCAACUUCAUCUUCAUCUCCAUCACCCCCAUCAUCCUCUACUUCACUAAAGUGGAGUACUGGUACCCCUUCUCUGCUGUGCCCUGGGGUUACCUGUGUGGAGUAGCUGGCCUCUGGUUAGCUUUCAAUAUCCUGGUUAACGUUGGGGUGGUGCUGACCUACCCCAUCCUGAUCUCCAUUGGCACCGUGCUCAGCGUCCCUGGAAAUGCAGCUGUGGAUCUGCUGAAGCACAAGAUGAUCUUCAGCGUGGUGCGGCUGGGGGCCACCAUCAUCAUCUGCAUGGGCUUCCUGCUGAUGCUGCUGCCUGAGGAGUGGGAUGAGAUCACCCUGAGGUUCAUCAACAGCCUGAAGGAGAAGAAGAGCGAGGAUCACUCCGAGGAGAUGACGGAAUCCAGCGUGCACACGAGGAGCAGGAGCAGAGCCAACGGGGCGGUGUCCAUCCCGCUGGCGUAGGGCUGCAGCCUCCACACACGCCCAGGUGUAUUCUGUGAAUAUGGCUGAACUCUCCUCACCACCUGUAUGCUCCAAAAAAUGGCAUCUAACUGAGCAGGGGAUGGACUGUAAGAUAAGAGAAAUACAUCAUAAGAAAUGUUUACAUUUAUACGCUUAACGAGGAACGGGUGUAAAU